AUGAGCUCACGCCUUGCUCAUCAUGGCGUCCGCAUUGGCUUCAACCCACAAAUCAUCACAACAACACUAAAAACUAAUUGUCCGCUCCAAAAGCGACAACAUGUAGGACAGCGACGAUGGUACAGUAGUCGGGAUGUUGACCCUCGGAUCAAAGCCCUCGGGAGGACAAUCCUCGACGACUACGCCGCUGUCCGCGAAGAAUACGCCACGCCGACCUACCCCAUCGUCCUUGCCCACGGCCUCCUCGGCUUCUCCGAGAUCAAGCUCGCCCAAGCCCUCCCAUCCCUCCAGUACUGGCAUGGCAUCCAGGACGCCCUCGAGCAGGCCGGCGCCACCGUCAUCACCGCCACCGUGCCCCCCUCGAGCAGCAUCGAGCAGCGCGCCGCCAGCCUCCGCGACCAAAUCGCCGCCGCGCGCCCCUCCGCCGUCAACAUCGUCGCCCACUCCAUGGGCGGCCUCGACGCCCGCUACCUCGCCUCCCGCCUCCUGGGCCCCGACUUCUCCUCCCCCUCCCCCCCGUUCGCCAUCAAGAGCAUCACCACCAUCGCCACCCCGCACCGCGGCAGCCACUUCGCCGACUUCCUCAUGUCCGACUCGGCGCCCAUCCACCUCCCGCGGCUCUACGGCCUCAUCGAGCGCGCGGGGUUCGGCACCCAGGCCUUCAGCCAGUUGACGCGCGAGUACAUGACGGGAACGUUCAACGCGACGGUGCGGGACCGCGACGACGUGCGCUACUUCUCCUACGGGGCCAUGACGGACGAGCCCGCGCUGCUCAGCCCGUUCCGCCAGCCGUGGCGGCUGAUCGAGCAGGCCGAGGGCCCCAACGACGGGCUCGUGAGCGUGGAGAGCAGCCGGUGGGGGGCGUACAAGGGGACGCUGGUGGGCGUGAGUCACUUGGACCUGAUCAAUUGGUCAAACAGGGUGCGCUGGACGGUGAGGGAGUGGAUGGGUGUCAAGAGGACGUUUAACGCGAUUGCGUUUUACCUAGACAUAGCCGACAUGCUGGCCAAGGAGGGAUUAUAG